CUCCCGUCCAAGAUGGCCACCCCGCGAAGGAGUUUUAUGCAGAGUCAUCAGAGCUGGACAGAUGACCUGCCGCUGUGCCAGAUGUGUGGGGUUGGCACAGCCCCCAACUGUGUGUACAGUGCUGAUGGUAAAGGGACCCAGAGCCAUCCCAACGAGGAUGGACACCUCAGGUUCAGAGGCGAGGAUGGCUGCUUCCUGUAUGGGGUUUUUAACGGCUAUGAUGGCAGCAGAGUGGCCAAUUUUGCCUCCCAGUGUCUGACAGCAGAGCUUCUGCUAGGACAGCUCAACUCCAAUCACACAGACAAUGACGUCCGCAGGAUCCUCACUCAGGCCUUUGAUGUGGUGGAGAAAAGCUACUUUGAGACGAUAGAUGAUGCUCUAGCUGAGAAGGCUAACCUGUCCAACUACGUCCUACCACACAAUGAGAAUGUGUCAUUCCUCCAGCUUUCUCCUCAGAAUCAGAAGAUGCAGGAGCGUCUGAAGGAGCUGGAGCAGGAGGUGUCAGGAGGAUCUACAGCCGUGGUGGCGCUGAUCCUCAACAACAAGCUCUACAUUGCCAAUGUUGGUACUAACAGGGCACUGCUGUGUAAGUCCAGCAGCGACGGCCAGAACCAGGUUCUCCAGAUCGGCCGACCACACAGCACCGACAACGAGGAUGAGCUGCAGAGACUGGCUGCUCUGGGUGUGGAUUCGGCUCGUGUGAGGCAGGCGGGACAGAUAGCCGGACAGAGUAGCACCAGGAGACUGGGAGACUACAGGGUCAAAUUCAACUACAAUGAAAUCGACCUGCUCAGUGCUGCCAAGUCAAGGCCAAUCAUUGCAGAGCCAGAGAUUCAUGGCAGCCAGUCUUUGGACAACGUGACAGGCUUCUUGUUGCUCAUGUCAGAAGGCCUAAUCAAUGCCCUAGAGUCCGCCCACGGCCCUGAACAGGCCAAUCAGGAGAUCGUUGCCAUGGUAGCAGCAGAGCUGGCCCAACAGACCAGUCUGGAGGCAGUGGCUCAGUCGGUGGUGGAGCGCAUCAAACGGCUGCACCACGACGUCUACGUAUCCGGCCGUCAGAGGGCGGCCUACUGUUCUCGGCACGAGGACAUGACCCUGCUCAUCCGUACGCUCAACUACUCUCUGGAUGAUGCAGCUCUCACGCCCACACAGGGUGGCCGUAUCUACCCUGUGUCUGUGCCCUACUCCAACAGCCAAAGCACCAGCAAAACGAGUGUCACCCUCUCACUGGUCAUGCCCUCUCAAAGUACCCUCACCAAUGGUACUAAUACUGCGUCCACCUUGGAGGAAGGCACCCCCACACCAGGCAGUCAGAGCCCAACGGCCACCCUGCAGUCCACCAACACCCAGACGCAGAGCUCCAGCUCCAGCUCGGGAGACGGGAGCCUGUUCCGGCAGAGAGGCAGUCAGGCAGCGCAGCCUGAUGAGACGGGCAGAGUUCCGCCCUACGUGGACUUCAGUCAGUUUUACCGCCUUUGGGGAAGCGACCACAGUGAUGGCCAGAGCACCCAGGGAGGACUGGGACCCCAGUGAUGAGCAUGAGAAAGGGUGCCAGCUGGAAAGAGACAGACUGGGAUUCCUGUCAGCAGCGAAGCACAUGGGCUGGGGAAAGACAAUAGGUUUUAGGAGGCGGUUGGGCUGACGGAUAAAAUGCUAUUAAUGUAUCAUAACUAAAUAUAAGUGACCUAAAGGUGCAUGGGGGACGCAUGGAGGAAGGACAGGGGUUUUCAAGCUCUUGCUAUCUGUGAAGCCCGUGUGGGAUCCCUAAACACGCCACAAAAUGAUCUUUGCUCUUCCAUUAUAGAUGCUGGUCAUGAGUGAUUGUGAAUAAAUGUAAGCCAGAUUGUAGGUGUUUUCAUCAGAUGUUGAAUCCUGUAUCUGCAAACAGGAAUCUCACAGAGCUGAAAAUAAUCACAUACUGUAAGGCCUUAACAUGGAACGAAUGGAUCCGUUUGAAAGUACUUUUUUAUUUGUGAUGAAAUACAUCAGCCGAA